CCCGCCAGCGCCGCUCUGCCUGAGCUGGUUCUGAAUGCGUGACUGCUGUUUGAUAACCCUAACAUAACCCUACACACGAGCCGCACAGCGCUCUGCCACAUGUUUACGUAAAUUAGAGUUUAUAUGUGGCGGCACCAGCCACACCGCCGCGUCCACAGAUCACGUCUCCGUCGCGCUCUCUUCCCAACGCGAUAAAGCGCGUUAAGCUUGGAACUGUGCUGGUUGUCUACCGCAGUUGUCUGCUGUCGGACUAGUGAAAGGUAUUGCCGCUGAGGUAUAGACUGCGCACUGGACGACUCAGUACUCUCUGAAGGCUACAAGGUUUCGAAGCUGCAUUCAAUUUAAUGGCCCUUUACUUAUCCUAUACCCACUCAUAGUCGCCGGGGACAAAGAACCACCAUGCAACCAGAUCAAACGAGGAGGCAAAGUACUCCGCCGUCAGCUCAAGAUAUAAGUGUGGUAGUGAUCGACUCCUCGCCAAUCGAGAUCAACUCGUCUUCGUCAAGGCCUGCGCCGUCCCCGGGAUUGUCGCAGAUCUCCCAGCCAUUUAGAGAUGAAACAACACAUUUUGAUCACAGUGAGGUUGCCGCGAGUCUUCCAACCACCUCCUUCCCGCACAUUGCCAGAGCUUCGCAACAGAACAAGGAGUUGUCUAAAUCGCCGGCACCAGUACUCAUCAAUGACGGACCCGCCUCAGAUAUCGUGUUUGAUCUCGACGAAUUUGAUGAAUUUUCUUCUCCGCCGCCUGCACUACUCGUCGACAGUCCACCCACCAAGAGUACCCGGAAAGCUGCAAGUGUACCACCGGCGUCAAUAGACCUUAACUCAUACGCGGACUUGACCUCGGGUGAUGAACGUGGUUUAUCUAGAAAGGGUACAGCUCGAAAAUCAAUGGCAAAAGAAGGCACUUUGAAUACAAACCCACAGUCAACAGCAAAGAAAGCCUCACCACCAGCGCCACGAGCACAUGCCAACCCACAGCACCUCUUCACGUCCUCUCCCCUUCCCUCACAGCCUCCGCCAGCUCCACAAACACAGCAGCCAUCUCUUCCGAUCCGUCCACGUCCCUAUGUUCAACCCCUCAGCUCGUCACCGUCAAUAAUGACUGAUCUGACGAAUAAGCCGAGAAAUCAAUCGCCGGCUCACCAAGCCCGAGUUCCGAAUACCAGUGCAGCGGCGAGUUUUCAGUCGGCUUCUUUGAUACUAGAGGCGUUAGGCGUCAGAGGGGACAUUUCUAUACAAAGCCGGCGAGCAGCAACUGUAGAGCAUAUUGAUACAUCGUCAUCCUCGCCAGCUCCUAGAUCUGCAUCUCUCGCCCGAUCGAGAUCUAGUUUACAGACCGAGAAUGUUGUUCCCAGACCAGCACGCGCGACUCAGAGUGAGAGUAGCAAUCUCCCUCGGGGUCUCUUUCAGGAUCUCGGGCCGGUCGGGAUAACUACUGCACAGAAAAGAGGGAACGGCGCAAGCGAGCCUGGACUUCCUGAACCUGCCAAAAAGCCACGAGCCACACGGCAACCCAGCGCGACCUCAGCUAAGGCAAAAGAAGCAGAAGCUCGUAAAGAGCAAAAACGACUAGAGAAAGAGCGCGCAGCUCGCGAGAAAGCCGUGGCAAAAGAACUAGCGACCGUCAACGUGCUGAAAAAAGACAAGCGCGCGGCAUGUGCAGAGCUGAUUAUCGAUAUCGACAGCGAGUUUGCGCUGACCGAAGCCGGCGGACAAAUCGCUCAGAGUCACAGAGAGCUGGGGGUCGGUGUUUUUACAGACUGGCGGAGUUCGGCGGGGAAUAUGAUUAAAUGGCGGCGCAAGGUGCGGGCGGAGUAUAAUUUUGCUCUUGGACAUUUCGUGCCUAUCCCUGAGGAGAUUCGAAAGGAGCAGUUUCUGCUCAUUAUCUUGCCUGAUGUCGAGUUUGUCGGUAUGGUGCUUGACGAGACUAUCGACGAGCACGUUCAGUCGGUUCGGACGCGGUUCCCGGAUUCCAAACUGAUCUACAUGAUCGAGGGCCUGUAUUCGUUACAAAACAAGAUCGCCGCGAAAAGUCGGCGCGAGUUCAACGCGACGGUGCAAAACGCUCUCAGAGAAGCCGAGGGAGAAACCGUGACUGCUGCUGCUGCUGGUGCCGCGCGCAGCAGAAAACAAAAGAAAUCGGACCUGGAAGUUCGGAUCGAGAAUGAGUACAAGCCCGGGAUCCACGACGAGCGGAUAGAAGAAGCUCUGAUUGCUCUGCAAGUGCGGCAUUACGCUUUAGUCCUCCACAGCGCCACGCCCGCAGUCUCAGCCGAGAACACCACGGCCUUGACGCAGUCCAUCGGCAUGAUUCCGUAUUGGCGCGCGCAGACAAACAUCCACGAGACAGUGUGCAUGGCCGGCGGGCAGGUAACCAUCGGCCGGAACGUGGACGACAUCUUCAUGCGGACGAUGACGCAGUGCAAGAACGUGACUGAGCCGCUGGCGAGGAUGAUUGUCGACAAGCAUGGAUCGCUCGAUAAGAUGAUGGCCGACGUCGAGGUUAACGGCGCUAGAGCGUUUUUGCAUAUCGAUCGGGGGUCGAUGACGGCUACGAAGAGGAGAGUGGGCGAUAAACUGGCGUCGGAUUUACAGUUUAUAUUUACGUGUUCGGAUCCAGAUGCGCUGCUUAUACCGUAG